AUGGAUGUGGCCCCUCAUGGGCUCAUUCCGGCGGAACUCCCUCUGGCCCAGACACUUUCCAGGCAAGCGCUCCCUGUGACGUUGGCAGCAUUUUGGAUGAUGUCAGCCGUCCUCUGCAGGCACGUAAAGCGCAGGUACCGGUUUUCCUAUUCACCGGUUGCAAAAGUCGUUCCUGCUGCCGCUCACACUCCCACCCCAGCGUUCCCGGUCCAAGACUGCCCCGGGCAGUCGCCUUCGGCGACUGUGGUCGAGCAGGGGGUGGCACCAGAGGCGAAAACGAGCGUAAUUUGA